CCUUCAUAACUUCCCUUUGUAUUGUCAGCUCAAAGAAAGUGGCUAAGAACGUCUUCCUGAGUCUCCAACAGGAAGAUUUCAAGGGGAUCCCUUCUGAGAGGUUUUCCUUCCAUUUCGGAAUCCUUCUUACUGGAUUAAGAAAAGAUGGCAGGUGUGAGCUCAUGUAUGAAAUACUCCAUGUUCAUCUUCAACUUUUUAUUUUGGAUAUGUGGUUGUAUUAUUCUGGCAGUUUCUAUAUGGAUACGUGUCAGCAAAGAUGUUCAAGCGGAACUCCAAAUGGACCCCAGACUGUUUUCUGCUGUUAAUCUCCUCAUUGCUGUGGGCUCUGUCAUCAUGGUGCUUGGUUUUCUAGGUUGCUGUGGUGCUAUGAAGGAGAGCCAGUGCAUGCUCCUCCUGUUUUUCAUUGGACUACUGACAAUUCUGCUUCUUCAAAUUGUAGCAGGCAUUUUGGGAGGAAUAUAUAAAUCUCAGAUUGAAAGCAGCCUAAACCAGACUCUCCAGAAGGAAAUUUCCUUAUUGCAAAGUGAUGAUCAGGUUUUCAUGGAAAAAUUUCACAAAUUUGAGAUAAAGGCAAAUUAA